CCUAUUUCAUAAUAUUGAGAUGGACUUUUUUUUGUUGAUGAAAGGUGGCGUUGCUUCCUUGUUUGAACUGGUACUUUAAGUGGCUGUUUCAUAAUAUUAGUUAGGAUAUUUUUUAUGUUUCAGGAGAGUGAUUAUGUUGAUGACAGGCGGCACUGUUUCCUAGUCCAAACUGGUCAUUCCCAGUCUCGGUAUUUUUCUGCAGAGAGUAGGACAGACCUUUUGAGGAUAGAAACAGCGUGGAAUCGAGCUAUUUACAAUGCUGUUACAAAACUAGGGAGUAAAACUUUCUCUGUUAUAUACAACGGGAGAACUGGAGGGCUGACUCUGGAUUGGACAAUGGGGUUUGCCUUAUAUGACACAGAAGCAAAGUGGUAUGUUUGGAAAUAUCGGUUUUCACAACUUAAGUCCUCUUCAGAUGAUGGCCUGAACAAACUGAAACUCCAUUUCCAAGAUCCAGAAACUAGAAAGGUGGAGGUUCAAGAACUAGAGUCAUCUUCGCUUCACAGUCUUCUCUUCUGUCUGCAUGCUUUCCUCAGUGCCAAAGUUACCUCCGUAGAUCCUGGGUUUCUUCAUAGCUCAUGACAUAAUCUAGUUACGAGUUUCUUUAAGAGAAGAAAAUCAAAAAUGCUAAGCUCACGUAUUCUGCUGAUGAGGUGCUGUUUUGUUGUGAGAAAAAAAGUAAAACUCAUCAUUAUUCUGUAAAUCUCUGAUAGGAUUAGGUUUUAGUAAACAAGUAAACUUAUUAUUCGUUAAAUACAUGAUCAGAAAGUUUGUUUUACAUUGUCAUAAUUACAGGUACCUUUCAAUUGAUAUCAUAUGAAACCAGUUUCGCCCUGUUGAUCUCAGUAUUAUUGACGAUACAACUUAAGUGUUUAUUGGCAUAAAGUUUGAAAUAAUGACUAGCUAAAAAUGUAAACUGCUUUAAGUUGUACAUUUUUUUCCGUAGAUUUGAACUACAAUACUAGAUACAAUACAUUUAAAGUUACGUGUGAAUUGAUUUAACAUAUCUGUUACUUUUAUAAUGGAAAUUAAAAGUAGUAAUUAUUCUAUUAGUGCUUUAUUUUUUAUGUGUUUAGUUUCUUUUUAUUUCACUAACUUGAAAAAUACAGUGCCAAAAUCUCUAAAACAAAACAAACAUCUACCAAAGUUGUAAUGGUUUUCACACGAGACCCAAAA